CCCUGCUUUAUUUAAUUAGGCAGCUCCACAGCAAACCAAAGCCAUGCUAUUGUAGUAUGUUUGAUUGGAAAAUCGAUCAGAGCAUUACAUAACACUAUUUAAAUGCCCUCGAGUUCAGUCGUGUGACGGUGAAGCCGUGUGACAAAAACAUGGGGGAUGUCAGUGAAGCGUCUCUGCUGGACUACAUCUACUCCUCUGGCGGAAAAGUUAAAAAUUCAGACUUGUUGAAGAGAUAUAAGCAGUUUGUAAGCCAUAGUGAUUUGUACCUACGUGCCAAAUACAGGGAGGACUUCAAGAACAUCAUCGACAGAAUAGCUGUGUGUAAAACCGAGAACGGAGAGAAGUAUCUUAUCCUGAAGAAGAAGUACAAGCAGCUCAUGCAAGAGCGUGAAUCUGCAGCUUCAGAACAGGGGAUGGACGUUAAAAAGCAUCAAGUCGAAUGGUGUGUAGGACCCAUCAUUACUGUUACUGAUGUCCAAGACUCAGACGAGACGGAGGAUGUGAAAGCUGACCAACAGGCAGUGGACAACCCAGAACCUCUGUCAGAGGAGAACCCUGAACCCAUAGAAACAGAGGAUGAACUGGAAAAGGACUCCGGAUCAAAGUCAGAAUCGGAGCAGGAAGAGGAAUCUACGGGUAGUGUAGGCUCUGCAUCUGUGGCCCUGGAUCCUAUUGAGAAAGAGUGGAUCUAUUCUGCAGCAUGUGGCAAACUCUCACACCUCAGACAGCUGCUCAAACAGGACGCCUCACUGGCCAACAAAAAAGAGUGAGGAAAUUUCACGACUGGAUUUACCGCUCUGCACUGGGCUGCUAAACACGGAAAAGAGGACAUGGCUGUUGUGAUGGCUGACGCAGGGGCCGACGUCAACACCAAAGCUGGAUACACACCUUUACACAUCGCUGCACUACACAGCCAUAUGCAUAUAUUUAAUCUACUCAUCCAGACAUACGGUGCUAAGGAAAACGUGCGAGACUACAGCGGCCACUUAGCAUCCCAUUACCUGAAUAUACAGAAAGCAGAGCAGAGCAGUGAUCUGAAUGCCGGAUACCACAGCCCAGCGCAGGUGACCGAGCACCGCAACAGGAAGUUAACUUCACUUUUUCACUCACGGAAGAAAUGGGGUUCUGCAGAAGAUCUGGCGCCCGUCCCGGAGGAGAGGAGCGUCCCACAUCAGCUCAUCGUCCCUGCGUUUAGAACCAGGAAGUUCUCUCGCUGAACUCUCGUCACCGUUAUACAGCAACACAAACAGCACAGAAGUACAAUUUGUUCCCUUGUGGUAUUUGUUCUUUACACACAAAUACUCUACAUUUCUUAUUCAGUAGCUAUGCUUUAAUAUUACGCGAUUAAUGUUUUAUUUAUGGCUUUGUAUUAGAGGUUUUACACUCUAAAAAUGCCCUGUUUUCCCCUUGUUUUCAUUCUUGUAUCUUUUUUUUUUUAUUUGACUUCACGUGAUAUGAGGGUCAAGGUUAUACGGGCUGAUGAGAAUAUAAUCUGUUUUAUUUUUUUAUUUUGUUAAUGAUAAAUAUAUACUGAUGUUCUCAUGCUGCUACUUGUUUUCUAAGGCCUACAGAACCACAUUGUUAUUUUUAAGCUUCACAUAACCUUUUAAAAUGUAUUUUAUUUUUUCUUCCAUAUAUCAGUUUAUUUGCUAUUACUAGUAAAUGAAAAGUAUUACACCAGUAACGUCUGGUUUAAGGUGACUCUAAUUUGUGUGCAAAUUUUUUUUUUUUUUUUUUUUGUGACUGUGUGAUUAGAAUAUCACCAAAAUGACAACGACUUAAUCUGUGCCUUAUGCUAUAAGUGUAAAAUGAGUUUGCUUAUUUUUUGAUGUGUUUAAAAAUGUUGUAAUGGAUAUUUUUCCAAUUGACUUGAACAAAAAAAUCUUCUUCUUUUUUAA